AUAGUAAUUCCCUUAUAUUUAACAAAUAGUAUAAAACAAUAUGAGCACACUUCUUGGUUGCCUUGUCCUCAUAUUCUUCUCUAUGGUCGCACCUGCCUCAUCCGCCACUCUUACGGUGAACUGGUCCCUUGGCACCGACUACACUCCGCUGGCCACCGGAAAGACCUUCGCUGUCGGCGAUACCAUCGUGUUCAACUACGGUACGGGUCACACGGUGGAUGAAGUGAGCGAGAAUGACUACAAGAGUUGCACUUUAGGGAACUCCAUUACGUCCGACAGCAGCGGAACCACGACCAUAGCUCUCACGACCACUGGUCCUCGCUACUUCAUAUGUGGAAUCCCCGGUCAUUGCGCCGGCGGUAUGAAGCUGGCAGUCACCAUCGCGUCGGCCUCUUCAAACGUUGUAGGUGGUGGCACCACCACACCAACCCCUUUCACCGGAGGUGGUGGUUACAACCCCACGACCACACAGGCCAUUCCUUGUGGGGCUUGGGCCGUGUCUCGUCCAUUAGGGGCUUUGGUUGUUGCUACUUGGGCCGUUGUUUUUUAUGCUUUGUCUUUGUCUUAGUUGAAAUUUUGUGGUGUAUGUUAGUAUCUUUAAGAAAAAAUCGAUACUAAA